CAAGACUUGAAACAUUCACCAAAGGCAAGAAGAACAACCAAAAAGGAAAAUGGCCAAGAAAAUGAUGGCAGUGUUUUUGAUGUGCAUUGUGGUGGUAGCUGCUUUGCAAUUUGCCACUGCCAAUGAGGAUGAAGUGACCAAAUAUGAAGCCAAAUUUGAUGCCAAAUACAAGUCUUGCUAUGAAACUUGUGAGAAGGAAUGCCUAGCAAAUGGCAGUGGCCAAAGCUUCUGUGAAGUUAAAUGUGAUGAAGAUUGUGAUGAAAAAGAAGUUGCUGAUAAACUACACAUCAAAUUGCAUUGAAUAACUAGGAACCGAAGGAAGAAGAUCCCUCGAGAAGGAUCAAGUAAUAAUAUUGUAUCAAAAUCAAACUUAUAAUAUGAUUUGAAUAUCAAAAUUUAUAAAGUUCUUGUUCUUUGGUGAUAUUGAUAUGUGAAUCGACCAUUGUCAAAAUAAAAUAUAUUUACAAUUUUUUAUAGAUUGUUGAUCACUCUCCUA